GCAAGGACAGCCAUAUUAAAUGAAUGUUCGCUUCAUUCUCAUCCAUUUUCAUUGUCAAGAUUUCUGGUGGGGUAUUUUUCCUAAUUAAAUUUCUCUAAUCCUUCGUCGUCCUCAUUUUGUGGCUAUCAAUUAGUAUUACCUUAGGAUAGGUAUUAGCGAUAGACUUGUGUAAUUAGCUCUAAUUUUGCUGUCAACCCUUAGACUAGAGUUUCAAUUAAAUAAAUCGAUAUAAAUGCAACAACAUACAAAUCAAUCGCAUUCAAUUAUUUAUGUAAAAUUGAUUUACAGUUUAAAAUUAACUGAAAUUUUCAGCAUACACAAACACACACGUUACCAUAGUAAUAACUUUUCUCAAACAAUCUGGUUUAGUCGAAUUGAUAAUAUGGAAUUGAAUGAAUUUAUCCGUUUUUAUUCGAAUACAGGAAUAGAGUCGAGUGACAGUGAUUGUUUUGAAAGGCAGCGAUAUCAUUCAAAACUUUAAAAUUUUAAUUAAAUGUUAAAUUGUUGUACUUAAUCAAAAUGUUAUUAAAUGUUUAAGAUCUAGCAAUUAGUAGAAGUGUAAAUUCAAAUAGAAAAAGAAAAGAAAAUAUUUUUGUUCGAAGCCAAAAAGAGACCCGACAUUGCGAUACGGAUACAGUCGAUUAUUAGAAAACUAUUAAAUGUUAAAUUAUAUGAAAGAUGUAAAAUGCAACAAAUCAAUUAAAAACAAAUGUUACCACCAAAGCAACUGAAUGAUUCUUCGUUGAAUGGGUUUUUCUUUAGUGUUUUUAACUCAAUGAAUCAAAACAAAAUAACCGAACCAAGGGAAGAAAAAAAGUUACUGGACCGUCAGCCACCAGCCCUAAGCAGCAAUGCAAUACUGUUGAUUGAGCUUGGAAUUGUACUGAUUGUAAUAUUGGUAGUCGGUCUCGUAUUCUACUUAAGUCAUCGAAAUUCCAAAAAACGUGGUAAUCGAAGACGGUGGAUGCAAAGCGAUGUAAACAUUGAUAAUUGCAACGAUGGUCAGAUCUACGAUACAACUAUCGACGACAGACAACCCAAUGAGUCUAUCGCUCAUCGAAGAAGGUGGCCGAGAAAUGACAGUGAUGAUCAUCAGCAGAUAAUCGAUCCAACAUUUGAAGAACGUCAUCCUCGUACGAUCGAUUUGGAUCAAGAUGAUUGUCCGCCUUCGUAUGAAUCAUUAGUUCAACAGAAAAAGAGGAAACGUCCGCGAAACUCUAAAUGUAAUGCAAAAGGAUUGGACAGAAUUUUGCCCAAGUGUCAUAAUACUAACAAUGAAGAAACAUUGCUGUCCACACAGUCACCGUCUUACAUUUCAAUAAUAUGCAAUGAAAAUUCUUCUCUCAUUGAAAACCAACAAUCAGCCGCAUCGACAUCGUCAUCCGAUAAUGCCGCAUUCAAUGAUACAGACAAAGUUUGCACCGAGCGUGAAAAUUGUUUGAACAAUGACUUCAAAGUGAACAAUCAUAAAUUGCAGAAGAAGCAAUUAGCAAGACGAACUGUUGAUGGUGAAACGGAAACCAGCGAAAAACCAACCACCAUUCCGACAAAAACAGUAAGAUGUGCAAAUGGUAUUGCUGUAUUGGAUGCAAGUGGAUUACCUACUUACGAUACAGCAUUAAAAAUUCAAGAAUGCGGCAAUAUGUGAAAUUGCUUCGAACCACACAAUACUCUGUGUAUACAGUUUCUGUAUAGACUCAGUGUAAAUAUUAAAUGACAAAUAUUUCUCGUUAUUUUGAACAA